UGUAUAUACUAAUAAUGUAGUAUAAUAUAUAAUAAUGUAACAAUAAUAUACUCAAUAUAGUUGAGUAUUAUACGCAUUACGUCCCUAUUGCAUUCCUUCUAAUACGCCCUCUAGCGGUGACGGUGGGAAUCGUUCGCGGAAAACCACAACAAACAUGGCGGCUUGGAUUUUAUAUAAAUCGAUGUGAAAAUGGAGAUAAAGGAAAUUACACGAAUGGCGAUACAAAUAGAGAAAUUACACAAGGAUGGAAAUUAUGAAGACCUUUCAUCUUUACUCAAAGACAUUUACAACACCCAUGUGACAUUAGAGCAGUUACAGACCACUGAUAUUGCCAAGAGUGUUUAUCAACUUUUAAAGUCAUGUCCUGUAGCCAAUGUUCGAAAAAGAGGAAAGGGUGUGCUCUCGAAAUGGAAGCGCUUGUAUGGUCAACGACAUGAACACCAAAAUAUCAAAGGUGCAAGUGAUCCAGAAGAAUGUGAAGCAGCUGAACAAGAUAAAGCAGGCACAUCCGAACGGGACCUAGAUCACAAAGUGACUGACGAUGAAACAAAUGUAUGCUUCAAAGCUGACGAGAGUAAUGUGGGCCAAGAGUCAUCUUCUACAAGAGAUACUUUAAAUGCCAAGACUGUUCCUCCUCCUGAAGAUGAUUUGAGAACCACCUUAACAGUUCCAUCUGUAAAUACCAGCUCCACAAAUUCCUCAGUCCUGAGAAACAAGUGUGUUGAACUCCUUAUCCAGGCUCUAAACCCAGAUAAGACUGAUCCUGAGCUGACAAGUCAGCUAGCUCACACUAUUGAAACACACAUAAAUGCCCUCCAUGGCCACAAUCCAGCCAAAUACAAAUCCUGCAUAAGAAGCAAGGUGGCCAACCUGAAGAACCCAAAGAACCCUCAUCUGCGCCAGGGCCUUCUGAGUGGCACAUUGGCCCCGGAGGUAUUUGCUCAGAUGUCUUCCCAGGAGAUGGCUGGUGAUGAGUUGCGCCAGCUCAGGCAGGGCUACACGGAAGCGGGCAUCAGCGAGCACCAGCUGCCACAGGGACCGGAGGGGACGGCUACGACAAAGGUGCGAUGCCAGCGCUGUGAUGGGAUGGACUGCAGGGUGACGCAGAUCUCCCGCGGCACACUUUUCCUGCCCUCCUGGGUAAAGAGAGGUAGUGCCGAUGAAGAAGCUAUGACCUUCAUGACUUGUGCUAACUGUGGGGCACAGUGGUACCAUAAUCGCUGGGUGUGCCUUUGAUUUGACACUGAAGACAUUGAAAAAUAAAUUUAGGGUUUUUAAGACUUUGGAAGGGUGGCGCAGUUGGUUUUCACUUCAAAAGACCAGGGACCUUGGUUUGAUUUCUGUGUGUAGAGUUUUCAUGUAUUCACUGGGGUCAUCUGGUCAGCUGUGGUACGUGGAUUGGUUAUUCUAAAUUGCUGUGAUGUGUGAAAUGCUGUGUGCAUGGUUCCCCGAGAUGGACCGACAUCCAGUAGAGGGUGUAUUCCUGCUUCAAGUCCAGUGUUCUAAGGAUUGGAUCCAGAUCUCCCACCACAAGAGCCAUAUUCAUUUAUCAAAAAAAAAAUUGUAUUACACUACAUUACAUUGGCUAAUGUAAAGUUAAUCUUCUGGGUUUUGUUUCUUUGUAAUAUUUACACAUCAAGUAUUUUUAUAAAUACUUCUGUUAACUACUAAAACUUGGGAUAAAUCCAGGAUUAAACAUAUGUCCAGAAUCCCUUUUAAAUAGCCUACCCUAACCAGAAUAAAGCUGCUACUGAAGAUGGAUGGAUGGAUAGUUGGAUGGAUGGAUGAAUGAAUGAAAAAUCACUAUUGGUGAUAUAUCUUUGCAGAUGGAUUUUCUUUUGUUCUUUAUAAUUUAAGUGCAUUAAAAUAUUUAGUUUAAACACAAAUUCUACUCUUUUCAUUGCAAUGUUUAUUAUGUAUAAUGUUCACAUUUAUCUGUGCAUGCUAAAAUGAUCAUGCUUACUAAGCCUGAAACACAGAUUUCCUGUUCUACAUGUGGUGAACAGCUGCUCAGUAUGUCACUCACGGUCCUACUGCUCACAAUACUCAGUUAUUCUGGCCGAGUAAGAUCUACUUAUUAGGAAAAUGACUUGGCAAUUGCUUGUUACAUAUUGUGACAAGCAAAAAUGUAGAAAAUGAAUAGAAAUGUAAAAUGAAAUGGGAGCAUCAGUUCAAUAUGCAUAAUGUAAAUUAUGAUAUGCAUAUUUCACAAAAACAGAAACUAUGUCAUCUGAAAGCAUUGUGAUGUGAUAUGAAUAUUAAUAGAUGCUAUGCCUCUGUUGUUCUGUAUUCCUGGGAAAAGCCUUUCUCAUUUAAUAGGACACUCUCGGAUCAGCACCAAGAGACAAUGCACUCGUAGAGGAACGAUCAGGCCUAAACUCCAUCACCUUCCUCCAGACAUGUGACCCAAAGUGUGCCACAUGUGCAGCGAGCAUGUGACUCAGUAAUCUGCAGUCUGGGGGCAGUUUACCCAGGAUGCUUUGCUGCAGAGAGCUGCAUGCAUCAAUGCACAGCCAUUGUACACUGUAGGCUUGUUGCUUUGCAGUUGUCUGUUUUGACGAGUUUCAUUUGUUGCACUGUUUGUGGAGAGAUAAAGCACAUUAAUAAUAGGGUGAAACUUGUGAUUUGUAGCAAAGAUAAAAAAAAUUAUGGCAGAGUUAUAGGUAAUUCAGAGGCCUGUGACAAGCUUAUCCAGCUGUUUGGGUGGGAUGAAAAUACACUAAAUAAUGAGGGAUAGUCUGUAACCUCUAACUUUGAUGGGGGCUGUGUUAUUUCUCCAGCGUGUAUUUUGGAUAGUGCCGUCAAUGACGCUGAGUCGAUUCGGAUUCUGAUUCCGAGUCGAUUCAUCACAAAUUUAUCGAGACCAAAUAAAAUAGAGGACAGAAAAUGAAAAAAAAAAAAAAAAAAAUUACCAAAUGAGUUAUGACUAACAGUAUGCAUAAACAGAAAUGUUGACACUCUUUAGUUAUUUAGAGAAACUGCCAUUUUAGGCCAGGUAACUCAAGUUAUAUAGUUACAAGCUAAAUAAAUCAUUUUUAGGCAAAGGUUUUAAGAUGCCUUAUAUUGAGUAAUAUUGUAUUUAUUAUAGGAUCUUUGUCGAUGAUUUCAGAUUUUCCAUUUUGCUUUUCCAUUGUAAAAUACUGACAGUUUUGGAGUCAUCUCGUUAAUUCUUAAUACCAGAGUUUGGAGAAUCGACUCUUUGGAAUCGACUCUCGGCACAAACUAAAGAUACUUUUCU